GCCGCCACUCAGCAAACUUGAACGCUGUGUUCCUCCAUCCAUGGGCUGUCGAUAGUAUCUGAAACAGCUAGCAUGCGUCUCGCACUUCUAUUGGCUACGGCGUUCGCGCUGCAGCCCCACCGCAGACCGCCCACGCGAUGCCUGCGACACAUUGCUCGCACAGCUACAGAUCCUUCUCCGCCGCCGGACACGAGCGCGGCACCAGCCAAACGUCCCUCACGGGACCGGAGGCUCGCCUUGGCCGUCGAAGCGCUUGAAACCGGCGCACGAGACGACAAAGAUGUCGUCGCCGCGAAGGUCGACGCGCUCCGCCUGAAGGCCAAGGGCCAGAUGCGCACGAAGCUCGACGGUCUGCGCAAGCGCCUCGACGCACUUGGAGCGCCCGCGGCGGCGGGCGCAGCCGCACCGCCACCGGCGCCGAAACCGUCGCAGAAGCCGGCGCCGAGAGCGCCGCGAACUCCGAAGCCGACUAAGGCGCCGGCGAAGGCCAAGGCGUCGGCAAAAGCGCCGGCAAAAGCGCCAGCAAAGGCGCCGGCAAAAGCCAAGGCGCCGCGGCCUCGGGCCAAGCAGUCGAACGCAACGAAGGUGCAGAAACGCCAGCCGAAGAAGGCCUCACGGCCGGCCGUCGUCGCCGGCGCCAGCGUCAAAGGUACGGUCGUGUCCACGACGUCCUACGGCGCCUUCGUGCGGCUCGACGGCGCCAAGGAGAACAGCAAGCCCGCGUUAUUACAUGUGUCGGAGAUCUCCGACGAGUUGGUUCAGGAUGUGGCCAAAACCUUGCCGGUCGGCAGCCGCGUCGAGGCCACCGUUCUGUCGGUCGACGCGACCAAGGGCUUCCGCGUGGCCCUCUCGACGAAGCGGCAGCGGACGACAAAACCGACGCCCUUCGUCGAAGAAAAGGCGCCCGUCGCGAAGGCCCUUAAGAAUCUUCCCGGCGCGCCGCCGUCCCCGGCGCUGCGCCUCGAGCAGCUCGCCGACGAGCUCUCGCUCGACGACCUGGAUCUGUUAAUAGAGGCCUCGCAGAAGAAGAGGAGGCGGAAACGUGCCCCGAAGGUGAAACCGGCGGAGGAGGAGGCGCAACCGGCCGUGCCCGCCGCGACAUCGUUAACCGCGGCCUUCCAGUCGCCGGAGCGCGUCGCGGAGCAGAAGCGCCAGGAGUUCGAGCUGCUGAUGCAGGACGUCGUCUACGAGUCCGGCUCGUCGCUGACGGACCUGCGAUUGCUCGAGGGCCUGCGCGGCAAAAAGAAAAAGGGCCAGUCGGUGUUCGCGACGGGCUUCUGGACGAAGCUCUUCAAGCCGCCGCCGCGGCCGGGCCGGCCGCCGGCCGAGAAAUAAAUAUGUGUUGAUAC